AUGAUUCACAUCGCUAUUCCCUCUACUCAAACAUUGGUAGAAGCAGAUGGAAGACAAAAGUAUGAUGCAUUUGAUAUUUAUGUUAAUGAUGCUUACCAUGCGAGCGUACGAUAUUCGCAUUUAUUAAAAUUGCAUGAAAAAUUGCAUGACUAUUUCGGGCAGAAAUUGAAGACACCUGACUUCCCAUCGAAAAAAUUAUUCCGGUCAUUAGAUGAAAAAGCUCUGAAUGAGCGAAGAAUUGCACUAGCUCGCUACUUCCAAGCAGUCGUUCAGCUUCAACAGAUUGCCCAACAUUUCAUCACAGAGAAUGCUUUCCUCAAUUUCCAAAUUGAAUCAUUUCGACCAUCAUCCAGUAAUGUUUCAGUUGAUAUUUUCAUGGCUGAUGGCACAAAAGAAACAGUUCGUUGUAAUGUCGAACAUCCUACUGAAAUUGUCUUAAAACGCUUUGCUAGCAACAUUGGUUUAUGUGUUGAAAAUAUAGGAAAUUUUGGUUUAUUUGUGGCAAAACGUCGAUAUGGAAUUGAUGAUGGCCGUUUUAUGCCAAGUUUUUCAACCAGCUAUCCAGAUUUACUUUGUAUUCGACUGUUACGAAAUUUCGAGUCUCCUUAUUUGUCAGUUCAUUUGUUAAACCAAAAAUCUGCUGCAGUCGGAGUUUUUUAUUUCAUCGUUAUUAAAAAAUUAAUUUGGGACCCAAGAGUUGAGGAAGAGCUCAUGGAUGAUCCAGGGGCUGUUCUGCUGCUGUACAAACAAGCCGUGAGUGAUCUACAUAAUGGUCAUUUCGUCCCUCGUCAAUUAGAAAUUAAGGAUCGCUUAUUAUCUCUAGAAGAACAAGGCAAUUGCUUGCAGUUUCUUCGCUUGUGUCGUUUAGAGCCAAAUUAUGGUUAUGAAGUGCUGAUGCCAUGUAUAAGUGAUUAUCCAAGGCACAGAACAGAAUGUAGUCUGAAAGUUGGUCGGCGUCAUAUUCUUCUGGAAUUUAAAAACGACGAAAAUAAGAUUUCUCGCGCUGAAUUUCGAGCUACAAGAAUUCGUGUGUGGCGAAUAUCUCAACAAGAUAAUGGCGACUUUAUGUUUUUGUUUGAAUAUUUGAUGUCAAGUGGAGAAUUUCAGUGGAUUGCUUUACGCACCAAUCAGGCCAUUUUGCUCUCUCUACUUCUUCAAUCUAUUGGCUUCGAAAUUCUUCAGGAACAUCGCUCAUUUCUGACAGGAUUUGAUGAUGGUGAUACUGCGAAAAAUGCUUUCAAAAUUUGUUCCCCGCAGGAUAUCUCAAAGAAUGUGUGUCCUGUUGUUUCAUUAUCUUCCAAAGUGUCUGAAAAGAAUGCGGAUAAGAAUGAUACGAUACCGCAAGUAGGGUGUGAAUCAAAUGUUAUAACGAAUAACAAUUGUGUAGAAGACGCUGGGAGCGAUAGUGGCAGUGUUCAGUCACUUGAAACAAUUGGUUUAAAUAUUCAUAAGACUCAUUCGGAGUCAGUUGUUACUGAUUUGACUGAAGAUGUCUUUAUCACAAUUUCGAAAGAAUUACCGUUGCGACAUGAAAUAUUCGAAAUAACUGAUGAUGAUUUGUGA